AUGGUCCAAGAGGUAAUGCGUCUCCCGCCUCUGCGGAAUCUCCGCGUCACCAAUCCCAACCAGGCCUCAAAGAAUCCGUGCAUCGGUGUGAUGGCGACGCUGUUAAGUUGCUGGGCCUCUCAAGGAUAUGCUGUGGAAGGGUGUGGAAAGAUUGAAGAGCAGCUGAGAAGCUGCAUGGAUGCUAAGAAAGGACCUCCGAUGAAGAAGAACAACAUCAAUUAUCACUUGGGACGAUUAUACCCUAUGAUAAAGCCCCCACACAAGAAAUGGAAAGGUUACCAAUAG